AUGGGUUGCUUGUGGAAGGCCCCGCGGCUCGCGGAGUGCGUCGCCAGCCGACAGCUGUCCCUGAAGAGGGCCAACAGAAAAUCCUUCCGAAGGGGCCGCCGGAAGGGCUUCCGGAAUGCCCGCGAAAAUCCUUCCCGAGGCUUCCGGAAAUCCUUCCGGAAUCCUUCCGGAAUCCUUCCGAAAUGCUUCCGAAAUCCUUCCGAAAUCCUUCCGCCGACGGUAUGGCCGACCCUCCUGGGCGAAAGGGAAAUCGAAAAUUUUUUUUUUCUGAAAAAAGCAAUUUGUAAUGCGGUUUUUCGCCCUUCCCCGAAAGCUCGGAGUUCAUUCUGGUUGCGCCCUUCCCCUCUGGUGUCCCAGAAGUAGGCCACCUACAGGGCGCUGCCGAAUCUGGGCAUGUUGCUUGGCAGGGCGGUGCACAAAUUUUUCAAUAAGGACAUCACGAUGAAAAAUUAACUCGAAACCGCCUUACAAUAUAAUCAAUUUUUAAUGAUUUGGCUUGAUCCAGCUUGUGCCACUUGGUGCAGCUACAUCAAGCCGAUAAAGCGAUCUGAUUCACACUGACUGUCACCUGCCGAAAGCGGACCACUUCGCGGAAGUGGGCAGGUGUGUGUGUGUGUGUGUGUGGUUGGUGCUGGCUUCACCACUGAUGCCUAGGUGGGUCUGUGGCCGUCCGAUAGAUCUCCUUGCCCACUUGAUCUAUAGAUGGGAUUUGGCUUCAGGGUGGAGCCUGGAUGUCGGAGGUGGGCCUUCUCGGUGGAGCCCGACCUGGCGACCAAGUCAGGCGCCCGUCUGUGUCGGAGUCGGCGAUAGAACUUUGCGCCUGAUAGAGUGUGUGUCUGUCCGCCACUGAGCUCAUUGCUCAGUGGCGGACGUAGGCUCAGUGAUGUCUCCUUCCGAUUUAGGCUAGAAGGUAGGCGGCUGGGCUUCUGGUUUUUCAAUAAGACUAGAUGACGGUGGGCGGGUGCUUGCACAAAUUUUUCAAUAAAGGACAUCAAUAUGAAAAAACGGCUUCGAAAAUUGCGAGGUCUUCCUGUUUGACUAGCCACAUAAAUGGAAAUG